AUGGCGAUGAGUGGCGACGGUGCUGAAGAAAAACACAAUGGAGCUAGUGGAGUAGUGAAGGAGAAGAGUCAGAAGGCGAAAAAGAUACAAUUUGCCAAAGAGCAAGAGGAGAAUCCGGAAAAGUUGGGAAUAGCCAAGUCACUACCAGCAUUUAUGAACCCGAAUUUGAAGCCCCAAGAUCUUCUUAAGGGUGUAACAUUUGCAUCUGUAGGAACUGGUUAUGAUCCAUUAACAGCUAAGAUUAUGGAAUUACAUAAGCUUGGAGCUAAGAAAAUCAGAGUGUUUAGCGCAGUGCCAGUUGGAUGUGUACCACUUCAAAGAACAGUGUUUGGAGGAAUGUUUACAAGAGGAUGUGUUAAACCUUUAAACAACAUGGCAAAACAAUUCAACGCAAGGCUUUCACCAGCACUAGAAUCUUUAGAUAAAGAGUUGGACGGUGUCAUCCUCUACAUUGAUGUUUAUGAUACUCUUUACAACAUGAUCCAACAUCCUUCAAAAUACGGUUUUGAGGUAGCUGAUAGAGGAUGUUGCGGUAGAGGCUCUCUCGCAAUAUCCUACAUGUGUAACUCAUUGAAUCCAUUCACAUGUUCUAAUUCCUCGGCCUAUAUAUUUUGGGAUAGCUACCACCCAACGGAGAGAGCAUAUCAAGUUAUUGUUGAUAACUUGCUUGACAAAUAUUUAAGCAAAAUCUAUUGA